GUGAUGUCAGUAACGCAGUGUAAUGUUGACUGUUUCUUAACAUGUUUGGAAAAAGGCCCAUGAUAAUUAUUAACUGGUCUGUUUGGGAACUGGCUUGUAGGCACUGCUUUAUCAAAGUAUUUCACUUCUUGACAAAAUGUGUGUGAGAUAUCUCCACUGUGUUCUCCUGGUUUGUUUCCUGUAUGCUCAAAGUGCAGCUCAGCCUUGUGCUGCUCCCCGCCUGGGUGGUGGUUAUUUUGUCCCUGAACAAGAAACGUAUACUCAUGGAACAACACUAAAGUAUGCUUGUGAUAAUGGACGUAAACCCGCUGCGGAGGGUUGGUGGGCUACAAGCACAUGUGAGAAUGAAAAAUGGUUUCCUGAACCACAAUGUAUCGAAAUAAACGCCUGCAUUCCAAUAACAGUCCCCAAUGCAAAAUACACAGAAAACUCAGAUGGUUGGUAUGAGGAGGGGGACAAAAUACGGGUAACAUGUGACGAGGGAUAUGAAGUGAAAAAGAGGGACGCCACAGCUGUUUGUCUCAAUGGAACCUGGACCUCUGUGCCUGUCUGUGAGAAGAGCAUCCUUGCAUGUGGUGAACCCCCUCAAAUCCCCCAUGCAGUCAUUGUUGGUCAGAGAUAUCAGGAGGUGUUUGCUGCAGACUCCAGUGUGAAAUAUGAAUGUGAAGAUGGAUACUCUGUGGAGGGAGCAGAGAGCAAAAAAACCAUCUUCUGCAUAUCCGGAAAGUGGACUGAAGGCCCAACGUGCAUCAGAGGAACUAGACCAGGUAGCGGAGGAGGUGAAGGACAAAUUACAUCUUCUGACAGAACACAACCUGCAGGUGGAGGCAGCAGACCAGGUACUGGACAGGGUGGUUCUGCGGGUAGGGGAAACAUUCCAUCAGCUGGCAGUGUGGCCCGGCCUGUGGGUGUCAGAAACUGUGGAACUUUCCCUACGGUUGCCAACGGUGAAGUAGUGGAAUCGAACGAAUCGUUUUUGAAGUACAGCUGCAAAGUUUUUUACAAACUAGUUGGUCCAGAGACAGUGCUGUGUUAUGGCGACGGCACAUGGUCCAAUAUACCCAUCUGCAGAGAUGCCUACUGUGCUGUGAACACUGAUGAACAUCCACUGUUAGUUUCAGUCGGAAAAGUCUUUAUAAAAGAGGGAGAGGAAAAAGAAUUUGACUGUGUGGAUCAGGAUGAGUGGUGGUUUGAUAAUUACUCAGUGGGCAAGUGCACGACUGAAGGACUGAGGUUACAGAAAUGUUGUGCCAGGGCGCAAAUAACAUUGAAAACUUGCUCAGGCGUUCUUGCAUAAGGGAGGAUUCUGCUGCUUCAAGAUUUGUUCAUUAUUGACUGAAGACAAACACCAGACACUUUCAGAGGACAAUAAUGUUUGGAUUAUGCAGUUACUCACUUUGCCCACUUUUCAAGAUGAUCCCCUCAUGCUAAGAUAAUGGAGGGGCUUUACUUUGUCUACAGUAAUAACAGCUAUGCAUGAUGAGCAUUUAUAAAUUGUACUCAAUAAAAUCUUUGUGACGA